AUGGAAACUAUUAGUUUUGAAAACGGCAAAAAUGUUUCUGCGUUCGGGGGGAAUCGAACCCCCGUCGAAUGCUUGGAAGGCAUCCAUGCUGACCAUUACACCACGAACGCUGGUGCGGUUCUUAGCGCCAGAUCUGGAUAUGUCUCCUCUAGAUCUUGACUGCAUAAUGUACCCUUGGCCAAGAGAAGCUAGAUAUAUUCCAAGUUUACUUUUUAACAAUAAGAUAUAAAUUUCAUAUAUCAUACAAUGAAAAGUGCUUUGUAUAAAUUUUCUAUGCUCGUUCUAAAAUUUAAAUGCUCAUAUUGAAAUUUGAAAUAAUGAUUUCUGCAUUUUUCAGCGUGAAAUAGACAUUGACUUUUCAUUAAUUAGCGUAUUUUUAAAUACGUAUUUGAGAAGUAGAAUGCAAAAGUUGAAAUUUUAAAGGGGCAGGCACACAAUUACGAAAGGGGACCUAUAACGAAGAGCUCCGUUAUGCGAUUUACCACCGGUAUUUGCCCUGUUUUGAUAUUUAUCAUUGAAGCGUUCUUUUUAACAUUUUUUUAAUUUAAUUUUUUUCUUUUUUCUUCUCGGACAUUGGUAGCGCGAAACAGACGUGCUCCGGACGUUUCUGAGCCCUUCUAGGGAUAACUUAAGAUUGCUGACGCUACUAAAUUGUCACUAGAAAUGCUCCGACACGUCCGUUUUAGGCGUUACCAAUGUAAAAGUUAUUUUUUCUUUUUGGGAGUUUUUCAUGUCCUUUCUGAAGUGAUUCCAAGAAAUUCAAAAUAGCAGUCAGACAGUGUAAGAAAAAACUCAAUUUUGGAUAGUCAAAGAAAAAAUGAAAUUGAAUUUCCCGGAAAUUACUUCGAACAAAGCGUUGUCUUUCGUCAUAUUUCAUUCCUACUUGAUUUCUGCAUACUACGUUCACUGAGCCAUUUUUUUCACUUCAUAUACUUUUCUUUACUUUUCUUCAGAUACUUUUCUAGAAAGAAUUCUUUUAACGCUGAGCUUCACAUUUUUUCUGACAGCUGUUUUUUUUUUUCAGUGACGAUUUUGCUACGUGAAACACUUAGGUUAACAGAAACGAGCUUGUCUUAUAAAGCGAAGGAUAGGAAGAUCACUCCAUUUUUUUCACGCAUGAAAUUUGAAACUGAAAAACUCGAUAGGGUUUUUUUUGAUACGCACACUAAGAAUAACUGCCGAGAUAAACGCGAGACACUGGCGGUACAUUGACGAGCUCGCAAACAUCUCGCUUUUUUUCUCGCGCCGGUCUCGCAUUUUUCUGGGCGCGAGCUCGCAUUUUUCUAGGCGCGAGCUCGCAUUUCUCUCGCAAUUUGAAAAUUUCCGAAAUGCAAGAUAAAUGCGAGAUAGCGCCGAGAAAAAUGCAAGGUCGCGCCGAGAGAAAUGCGGGAUCGCGCCUAGAAAAAAGCGACAUUUUUGCGAGUAAGUCAAUGUACCGCCACCGAGCUCGCGUUUAUCUCGUCAGUUAUUCUUAGUGCAAGUCAAAACACUUCGUAAAUUAUGGUGUUUAUGGUGUAAACACACCCAGACGCACUAUCGCAUACUCUCAAAUUUUUUUUCCAAUUUCAAAAAUUGCAAUUUCAAGAAAAAAAGUCCUUGAAAUCUUUGAAAUCUCGUCAGCGUUUCUAUAAUUGCUCAGAAACAUCCGGUGCGCGUUCGGCGUUACCGAGGGCCGUGACAGGGUUGAGCGGGGGCCGGCUUUUUCCGAAUCAAAUUUCAAGUUUUUUUUAAGCUUUGACCUGGGCCAAGCCGGCGCAGGACUUCGGCCAGGCCAGUCUUCGCAAAAAUAAGUCCAACCAGACGCACAAGUUCGGACCUCGGUAUCGAAAACCGUACGCGCCCCCGACGUUUCUGAUCAUUACUGAUAAGCCCUUCAGCGGCUACAGCACUCUCGAAAUUCAUUGUGAAUUUACUUUUGUUCAUUCUCUCGUUUGCAAUAUAACACAGAAAAAACCCUAAGCUGCUUUUUAGAGCAUUGGGCUGGUACCUGGUAAUGUUUGACCGGCCCAGCAGUUGAUCGUAUGCCGUCCACCAUGGAUAUAGUGUCGUCGAACUGCAUGGACAGAUCCCAACAAGUUCUUCUGCAAUAAUUUCAACAUUGAAAAAAGCAAAUCGUUUGCAUCAUUCGAGUCGCAGUUUUUGACUGAUUAGCAGUGUAAAGUCGUUAGUAAGUUAGGAAAGCUUGAUCCAGAAAUACUUAGGCGGUGCGCUAGAGUUCCGCUCGGCCUUGUCAGAACUAUCCUAGACGCCGAAGGCCGUGACGACAUUUUCCGCGGGGGUCCCAUCAUCGUUUUGUCAGCAUCGCGCUGCCAACAGUUUGUGCCUCGGCCACCGGAAUGGGCUUCGGCGUGA